AUGGAAGAGUACUCAUUGAAAUAUGGAACAGACAAAGUGGAAAUGCAUGUAGGUCCUGUACAAGCAGGAGAGGAUGCUUUGGUUAUAGAGGAUCUCAUUGCAACUGGUGGGACCUUCUGUGCUGCGAUCAAACUUCUUAAUAAUGUUUUAGAGCUUAAUUAUUGUGUAAUUCCUUCUAGCAGUAUACUGUUUACCACUUGUGGCCGCGGCUUUAAAUCAGCUAGCCGACUUAAUGGAACAACAAGUGAAGCUUGUAAUGGUGUAGAGGAAGAAGCAGAAAAACUUGGAAGCAAUCUCCAAUCCAUCCAAGGUGUACUGGUUGAAGCAGAGAGACGACAAUUCGUAAACCACGCUAUCAGACACUGGUUAGAUAACCUGAAGGAAUUGUCCUAUAGCAUCGAUGAUGUUCUUGACGCCUGGAACAUUGAGAUUCUCAAAGAACAGAUUGAAGAAGGUCAAGAAUCUGUUUGCAGUUGGUUCAAGACACAAUUCCUUCAGCUCCCCACUCUCAAACAAGUAUGUUCAAUCUUUCCAAUCUCUUGCUUUUCUUGUUGUGAAACUGGCCAGCGAUAUAAGAUUGCUCGCGAGAUUAAGAAACUAAAUCAACGACUGGAUGACAUUGCCAAAGAAAGAAAGAGGUGUGAUUUUGAUUUAACUUACAGGGGGAAUGGGCAAAUCAAACCACUUGUAGUUAACUCUGCUAUUGAUGCAGCUGAAGUAAAGGGUAGUCUCUAUAGUAGGUUGGGAGGACUGGGAAAAACUACUUUAGCCAAGCUAGUAUAUAAUGACAGUGAGGUAGAAAAGAACUUUGAGAGUAGAAUAUGGGUUUCUGUCUCAAAACCCUUUGAUGAGAUUAAGAUUGCGAAAGCAAUUCUUGAAAUUCUUAUUAAUGCUGCUUCAGUUCUUGUUGAAUUUGAAGCUAUAAUGCAACACAUAAGAAAAUUACUCAAGGGGAAAAGGUUUUUACUUAUCUUGGAUGAUGUGUGGGAAGAUGGUCCUAGCAAGUGGGAGCAAAUGAGAGAUUCUUUCAUGUCUGCUUCACUAGGAAGUAGUAUUUUGGUGACCACACGAGAUGAAAUGAAAUUGCAUUCUUUGAAAAGAACAAUGAUGAGAGUACAAUUAGAAGCAAUAGGUAGGGAAAUUUUAAAGAAAUGUGAUGGUUUACCUCUUGCUGCAAAAACUCUAGGAAAUCUUUUGUGCUUUAAGGAUUCACGGCAAGAGUGGCAGAGUGUAUUGAAUAGUGAGGUGUGGGAACUAGAAGGGUUAUGGGAAAAAAACAGAGAAACUCAAAGUGGUUUUGCUUCUUUAUGGUUGAGCUAUUAUGACUUGGUUUUAGAAUUGAAACCAUGCUUCUCUUAUUGUGCUAUCUUGCCAAAGGACCAUGAGAUUAAAGGAGAUAACUUGAUUCAGCUGUGGAUGGCUCAAGGUUAUCUUAGGCAAACACAUGUAGAUGACAUGGAGAGGAUUGGUGAAAAGUACUUGCACAAUUUAGCUGGCCAUUCUUUUUUUGAAGUUGUGCAGAAAAUUGAUUGUGGUUAUGUAAUGAGGCUCCCUUUCGACAGUGGUUGA